AUGGCCGGCCCCCAACGGCCUGCCUCCGGCCUGCCCACCAGGAGGACGGGUACGCGACAAGCAACACGGCGCCCGACCUCGUCAGCAACUGAGAGAAGAACAUCGUCGGCGAUACCGGCGAAAGCUUCUGCCCCCAACGCGUCUCGUCUGAAGUCACCGAGCGACACGGCCAGCAUUUCUGCGAUAAGGAAUCAGAGAGAUUAUGAGCGCGAGAUUAACGAGGACACGAGUAUUCACGUGGUUGUACGAUGCCGUGGGCGUAAUGAUCGCGAAGUCAAGGAGAACAGCGGCGUGGUAGUAUCAACCGAGGGAGCAAAGGGAAAGACUGUGGAGCUGUCAAUGGGCCCGAAUGCAGUUUCGAAUAAAGCUUACACUUUCGACAAAGUCUUCUCGGCUGCGGCUGAUCAGGUUACUGUAUACGAGGACGUUGUUCUUCCAAUUGUGAAUGAGAUGCUCGCGGGUUACAACUGUACUGUCUUCGCGUACGGGCAGACAGGAACGGGUAAGACAUACACCAUGUCAGGUGAUAUGACAGACACUCUUGGGAUACUAUCCGACAAUGCUGGUAUAAUACCACGUGUUUUGUACUCGUUGUUCCACAAGCUCGAGGACACGGAAAGCACGGUAAAAUGCUCUUUCAUUGAGCUUUACAACGAAGAGUUGCGCGACUUGCUUUCAGCCGAGGAGAACCCUAAGUUGAAGAUAUUCGAGAACGAGAAAAAAGGCACCAGCGGCAGCACACUUGUACAAGGGAUGGAGGAAACGUGGAUUGACUCGGCAUCAGCUGGUAUUAAAUUACUUCAGCUUGGCAGUCAUAAGCGCCAGGUCGCUGCGACCAAAUGCAACGACCUGAGCUCUCGAAGCCACACGAUCUUCACAAUUACGGUCUAUACCAAACGGACCACUGAGAACGGGGAUGACUACAUCAGUUCUGGAAAGCUCAACCUGGUCGACCUUGCUGGUAGUGAGAAUAUCCAGCGCAGCGGUGCUGAGAACAAGCGAGCUACGGAGGCUGGUUUGAUCAAUAAAAGCCUGCUUACUCUUGGUCGUGUGAUCAAUGCGCUGGUAGAUAAAAGCCCGCACAUCCCGUACAGAGAAUCAAAACUCACGCGGUUACUGCAAGACUCACUAGGCGGGCGAACAAAAACAUGCAUAAUUGCCACAAUCUCGCCCUCCCGUAGCAAUCUGGAAGAGACCAUAUCCACGCUGGACUACGCAUUCCGGGCCAAGAACAUCCGCAAUAAACCUCAGAUCAACUAUAUGGCGAAAAAGACUCUUCUUCGAGAGUUCACACUAGAAAUCGAGAAGCUCAAAGGGGAACUUAUCGCCACAAGACAUAGGAACGGUGUUUACAUGUCACCCGAUGCCUAUGAGCAGAUGACGAUGGAGAGCGAAUCCCGAAGAAUUGUCAAUGAGGAACAAAGAGCCAAGAUCGAGUCCAUGGAGUCUAGCCUACGGAACAAGGUUCAAGAGCUAUUCACGUUGACCAGCAACUUUAACAACCUCAAGAAGGAUCACGAGGAUACACGUGCGGCGUUGAACGAGACCAGUGAUAUCCUCGAGAAAACGGAAAUUGUUUUGAAGGAUACAAGAGCCACUCUCGAAGAGGAAGAAAUGUUACGCAAAGCCCAUCAGGAUACGGAAGCCCAACUGCGCAAUAUUGGGUCCGAUUUGGUAUCGACGUUGGAAAAGACAGUUGGUGAUGUGGAAGGGUUGCAUGCGAAACUAGAACGGAAAGCAGACCUCGAGGCAACGAAUCGGGAGAAAUGGGAGACUUCUGUAGACGAAGUUGCUGAUGUGACAAGCAUGGUCGAUAGUAGGGUCGAGAAGUUCUUAGACCGACACUCAAAGCUCGCUGAGCACUUCGUCACGAAGAUCAAUACUUUUGUCGAGGGCGAAUUGACCCAAUUCCAGUCAACUGAAGAAGAACUUCGCAAUUUCAACCUCUCUUUCGACAGAGCGCUACGGGAGGCUCAGGCUCAGACUUCCGAUUCUCAUGAUCAGAUGAACAACGUCCUCGAAGAGAUUAAGGUUCUGCGCGAAGAAGUCAAAGGCAAGGUCGGAGAGGGUUUAAAUGGUCUGUCAGCGGCGGCAGCCCGUAUCUCGAAGGAGGUCAUCGGCGAGUUCUCAGAGUUUCAUGCCCAGCUCCACGCAUCUUACAGCACUCUCGGGAAAGAUUUGAAAUCCAUGUUUGAGGACAUGGUAGCCCACGUCAAUAGCCAAAAAGCUGAGAUCAAUCAGCUUCGCCUACAACUGCAGGACGCUAAUCAGCAGGCGGUGGAGGCGAAUCGCAGGGCUUCAGCGCAUUUAGCCCAAACCAUGGAAGAGGAAAAUGCCCACGCUGAAGCGGAACGGGAUCACCUCAUGUCACAAAUCAGGUCAUUGAUUGAUGAAUCUCGCCAGAGACAAUUCGGUCGUUUGAAGGGCAGAGUUGAGUGUGUGCGGACUGACAUCACAUCUUCGGGUGACUCCUUGGAACAAGCAACGGCGCACUAUGAUCGGCAGGUUGAUGAAUGGGUAUUCAAGUCGGAGCAAUUUGCCAAAGAUGUCAUUGCAUCUCGAGAUGAAUUCAAGACCAAGAUGCAGCAUGAUUGGGAGACAUUCGAUCAACGCAACGCAUCCAUCCAGAAAGUCACCGAGUCAGUGCACGAGGAGACCGUACGGAUCGUGGACGCCCAGAUGAAGGAUAUGAGUAGACAGAUGGGCGCAUUGGAUGAUUUUGUCGCCAAGGCACGAGCACAGAAUGGCCAGUACUGCGACGCCCACAUGACUAGCUUACAGAGCAUGGCGUCCAAUGCCCAACAAUCCUACGCAGCAUUUGAAGAACACCUAGCCGGUUCUCGUGACCGAACGACCUGUUUGCAGGAAGACGCGAAUCAACAAAUGGAGAGCCUUCGGGAAUUGACGCUGCCUCUGUCCGACGAAGUUCAGAAACCCUUGUCGGAGCUUCGCACCAACAUUCGAGAACGCCCUCUUCAAGAGUAUAUUCCAACCGGCAUCACUCCUCAAAAGAGGCGUUAUGAGUAUCCAACCACCCUGCCUCGAACCGAGGCGCAUGAUGACUUGGUCAAAAGGAUGAGAACCUCCAAGGAACUUGAGGCCCUGCCGUUUAGCAACGCUGAGCCGAGCGCUUCUGUUUCUUCUCUGGACAGUUCUACCGGAACUCCAUUAAAAGGCUUCGUCUACCACGAUGUUCAGGACGAGGUAGGAGCCCAGCAACCUCCGUCCACUACCGCGACUCCUUCCAACACUGGUCUUAGGGAAGUCGACGCAAACAUCGUCGCAAAACAACUAGCGUGUGGCACUGAUGAUGAUUCAACCGCCACUCAAUCCAAGUCUUCCAUAUCAGCAACCGGCCGGGUGUCCUUGUCUGCCGACAAAUCAGCAGAGAUUGAGGAAGCUGACGCCCCGCCCGCCAAAAGACACUGCUCCAGCUCUGGUGUGACUGAUAACAAGCUUCCUCAGAAGAUGCUGACAAAGAAAAUGGCCGGCAUGAUGGAAGGUAGAGAAAAUGUUCCUCUGCCCGGAUCGCGCGGACGAAGGCUCAGAAACCAACAACCCUCCGACUAA